AUGCCAGGCUGCCGAGCCGAGAGAUCCUCGAGUUGCGAACGUGCCAGGCUCAACGUGGUCGUGAUGCAAGCAAACUGGCGCAUGAACCCCACACACAAGGUCAUCCUAGAUGCGACGGCCAUCAUUAGUGUCGUCGCCUUUGUGCUUUACUUGGGAGCGACGAUGUGGAUCCGCGUAAUUGAGAGAGGUGUUUUCCAUGCCAGCUCCCAGCGGACGCCUCACGCGGAGCAUGCCGAUCUACCGCUUUUUUCCGGAUGCGUAGAAGUGGCAUGCAACAAGUACAUGGCUGCCAUCGAGCGCUCGAUCAACCGAUCUCAAAACCCGUGCCAAAAUUUCUACCGGUUCGUCUGCGACGGCUGGAAGCACCAACAGGAUCCACUUUCCGCCGUGGACGCCGCAGAAGCCGCGAUGUAUCGGCGCGCGUUCAGCGCCAUCGAGUGGAGCUCUGAAGACAUUGGUGGCCGCCUGUCUACAGCGCCGUCUGCGUUGGGCGUCGCGGAGAAGGUGGCUGGCCUUGCAAAAUCAUGCAAGGAGCUGUCGCAGAGUAGCUUGUCUGAUUUGAAGCGGUUCAUGGCCGAACGCCAUCUUCCAUGGCCAGAGACAUCUCGCUGGGAUCUUCUAGAGAUAUUGCUGGACCUGUCCGGCAACUGGAACGUGCACCUGUGGUUCCACGUGAGCUUCGAGCUGGCUCCCUUUCGCGGUAGGGCAGGGGAGCCCAUACUCAGAAUUGGCCACAGCGCUGCCUUCCGUACAUGGAUCGCCACCAUGCGGACCUUCGCCGGCCAGCGGGCAGGCACGGCAGCUUCUCUGCGGUACAGGAGGUACGUGCGAGCCAUGUUGGACAUAUUCGGUGUUUCCGAAGCAGUCCGAGAUGAAGUCGCCGACAAGAUAGAAGCGGUGGACCGGUUCACGUUAGAAGUGCUGGGCCCUGCCAUGGCUGAAACCGAUUCGCGAAUUCUCCGGACGUCGAUACGCAACCUGACAGCCACGGCGACUCCAGGUAUCGCUGCUGGACGGCUGUUGCUCCUCUUGAAUGAGUACUUCAUCUGGGCACGCCGCUUCACAGCACAGGACAUAGUGCAAGUGGAAAAUGUCGGCCUGCUUCGGUCCGUCGUCUACCUCCUGGGACUCAAAUCCAACGUGCGAGAGGCACUCACGCUCAGCUUAGGGCUUCGGGUUGCUCAAGACUUGGGCUGGAUGGCGAGCCGAGAGAUCGCGGAUGUAACGCUGGAGCUUGCCAGCCUGCCUCCGUCGGCACACUGGCAUCGUUGCCUGAUGCAGGUAGAAAGCGCUGUGGGCACUGAAUGGCUGAGUUUGUUUCCGGAGCGUCGUGGAGUGGUGGAUUUCACUCGCGACGUACAAGACAUCCUCGCUGGCGUCCUGGCGCGCCACAAGAACACGUUGCUGCAUCUUCAGGCCCCCAGUGCCGCUUUACCACGCACCAACGACAGCUUCUUGGCGACCAUGCUGCCAGAGCCAACGCACGGAGCUCCAUUCUUCGUCGACUGGUUGAAGCUGAUUAAGGGGCGCUGGCGACUGCUGGAACAAGACAUGACCAACGUUCUCAAGCCAGGUUCCUUUUUUAGCCACCGAUGGAGCUUCCACGGCACCCUCACUGUCGCCGAAGACUACUUUGUGUUUCCGCUGUUCCACACGGACUUUCCGACGGCCGUGAACUACGGUGGUGCCGGACGGCUUAUUGCUGACGAGGUGCUGAGGGGACUCUACUACAACCAUCUGUACUAUGUGAACCCCUUCGGCGACCAUAUUAGUCGCAAAGAUUACGUUUCGCAAAGCAACAGCCGUUCCAGUGCGGCAGUGGACUGGUCGCCUUACCUUGUGGACUCGAAGGCUUUGCUAGCCAGUCUGGCUGCCUACAGGCUUAGCGCUGCCCGAAACCCAAGCAGCGCAUACUCGACAGAGUCGAGCCUUGCGCAAGACAGACUUUUUUUCGUGGCGUCGUGCUAUGCGCUGUGCUCCAGCGGCAACUACGUGGACGUGUUGUACGGGGACGCGAGCCAUCGCUGCAACGAACCCGUCAAGGCCUUGCCCGAGUUCACCGCAGCGUUCCAAUGUACAAACCCACACGCGCAGCAAUAGGUUGCUCAUUAGGGCU